GCUCCAUUGCUCAGGUGGUGCCUAGUGACCAGCCUCUGGGCUAGGUAAAUAAAAGGAUGGCAUGCAACAUAAGCUGUGCUGGAGGUUUAUAAGGCCCCAUUGCUGACCUCAGUACAGCCUCAUGCUCUGAUUUCAGUGUGCUCUGGGUUAAUGGGGCAUCCUGGACCUGGCUCAGAUUGCCAUGCAUGAAAAGCGCUUGUGUUCUUUGAGGCUAGAAGCUGUGAUGGAGGCUGUCCAUGGUUACGGGAUAAGCACCACUCAGUACCUGCAGCUGCAUUAUGGUCACGCACACGGUUGGUUUGCUUUAGUGUCGGCGGUGGCGGACCUGCGCACCACCUUUCUGGUUUUCUUCCCCAUCUGCUUUCACCUGCACACUGCGGUGGGGGUGAAGCUGCUGUGGGUGGCUGUGGUGGGAGACUGGAUCAACUUGGUUCUCAAAUGGAUUCUCUUUGGAGAGCGUCCAUAUUGGUGGAUUCAGGAGACUCUCUACUACAGCAACUCCACUGUCCCCCAAAUCCAGCAGUUCCCCACCACCUGUGAGACUGGGCCUGGAAGCCCCUCAGGUCAUGCUAUGGGUGCUGCGGGGGUCUACUAUGCUAUGGUGACGUCCCUGAUGCCUGUUUUACUGAAUGGAGAUGGAGACCCUGUUAAAAAAUGGUGUGUGCACGGCUGUCUCUGGACGCUGUUUUGGGCUGUCCAGGUUUCUGUCUGUCUAUCCAGGAUUUUCAUUGCUGCUCAUUUCCCUCACCAAGUCAUUGCUGGUGUUUUAACAGGCAUUGCUGUGGCCAAAGUGGUCAAUAGAGCCUCUUGGAUCUACAGCGCCACCCUGAGGAGUUACAUCCACACCACUUUAUUCCUGCUCUCAUUUGCUCUGGGGCUCUACACCUUGCUGGAAGUUGCCUCCAUUGACCCACACUGGAGCCUGUCGAAGGCCCAAAGGUGGUGUUUACACCCUGAUUGGGUGCGUUUGGACACAACACCCUUCGCUGGUCUCCUGCGUAACACAGGUGCAUUGUUUGGCCUAGGGUUGAGCCUCCAUCUCUCCAUGAUGAUUGAGACUGAGACCUGCAGUUAUAGAGACAGCACCAUCUACAGACUGUUCUGUGCACUAGCCACUCUGCUGCUCCUCAGCCUUUUGGACUCUUUUAGGCCUCCAGAUCAUACACAAGCUCUUUUCUACGCCCUGUCUUUCUGCAAAAGUGCAACAGUGCCGCUUACCACUGUGGGUCUGGUCCCAUACUGUGCAACGGCAGUGUUAAAUAUGUAUCAGAGAAGGAAAUGCACUUAGAAAAACACAUAAUACCAUCCCAAGUUGCAAAAAAUAAUUUUAAGGAGAUACCCUCAGACCUGGACUGUAAUAUAUAUUACAAACGGUACAGUGGGCAAGUUUUUCAUUGUUUUUACUUUUACCAGACGUGGAUAUACUUUAGAGUAGUCUGAUGUGAAAUGAGUUUUGCAUGCACUUCAUGAAUAUGUACAUGAGGGGAGCACCUUUCUCUUCUCUUGUGUUCACUCUUGGGCCACUCAUUCUAGAUUCCGGGAGAUUUUAUCUGACUUGCGGGCAUCAGGAAGCCGUUAUUGAUAUGCAGUAGUCUCCCGCAACUACUCGGAGACUUGAGACGUCUGGACGCCAAUUAGCAUAUCAUAGCCUGUCACUAGUUCACUAGCUACCACUAUAGUAAUGUUUAUGGCAGUGGCUAUGGAGCCAGUGUUUUUUUAAAUAAACACUGCACACCGCAUUAAAAAAGAAGCUUUGCUAGUGAAAAAGUAAACAUUAUUAUUGGCACAUUUUGGCUAAAGAGUUCCUGGUGUAAAAUUCUGGCUAACCCACUUCCUCUGACUAAGUAACUUAACUAAGUUACUGACUGACUGACCAACACUGAAUCUCACAUCUACAUACAAAUUCUGUCUGAUCUAUAAUAUUAUAACACAUCCAAGUAAAACAAACUGUUAACGCACAGAGUCCCAUGCUUGUUUUAGCCCUGCAUGAUUUACACAGUGCAAUAACUGUGCUAUAUAACAUUUCUGGAGAACAUCAGGUUCUCUAUUAGACUGACAGCAAUAUAUAGCUCUGUGACCAGCAUUUAGUAAAUUUCACACAGUGUGGAACUCCUGCGAACAAGUGUUUUAAUGUUGGUUUAUGCAUAACAGUAGAUAAUAUACCAGAUUAAUGAUUUAUGUAUAAUCCUGUGAAAUCUUGAACGUUUGAUGCAUAUUUUUAUGUAUGAGCAGCUUGUGAUAAGUCCUGGUACACCAAAGACACCCUGGACAAAUUUUUAUUUUAUUUUAUUAUUUUGUUACACAGGAGUAUUUUAUAAUGGCUGUGAUGUUUUUAUGAAUAUGAUUGAAAUUCACAAGGUUGCAGUUUUUCUGUGUGCUAUUUAUCAGUUUCAACAGCAAGAUUGCUACACUGUGUUGUGCACUGUCUGUAAAUGGAAAUUAAAGGUUCAUAAGCUGA